CAGCUACUUUAGCUGCUCAUAGCUCAUCCUUGAUGUUGUCUGGUUGAUCGGGCCCCGUCCGCGCCUCGUUUCAUCGAAAUACGUCAAGUUUGCAACCUCCGAAGCACAUUCGCCAGCUUAACGUUUAAGGAGAUAACUGCACCCCUGGACAGUCUACUACUUUUGGCAACCCUCUGCGCUUUGGAGCUCCACCGUUGGCGCUCGGUUGGCUCGGUUGGCAAAUGUGCCCCUCCAACGCUGUUCUACUUAGCGGCUUAAUGAAGUCAGUGAUGGAUGAACUAGCGGACAACCAGACGGCUGUCGCGACUCUGAAAGAGGCAGUCAAAUCGCUGCAGGAAGAUGCAGCUAAGCGAAAGGCGGAGCAUGAGGAUUAUCUCUCGAUGGUACUCCCAGGACAGACAGCCUACAUCUUGGAUGAGGUGGCAAGCGGCCCCGCAACUGCAGCAUUGGCACCCUGCGCAAUCUGGCCGCGGACAACGACCUGACACCGGACCAAAUGCUGCGCUGGAAGCAGCUAAAAACCUACAUGUCGUGGCAGGGCUGGACGGUCGCGGACCUGGUGGGCGUGUUGGGCGAGCUGCGCACCCACCAGUACCCGCUAGCCCACGGCUCCAAGGAGCAGCAGGAGUCGGCGACGCCUGUCAUGGUCGAGGAGUGGUUGAACAAGUACUACGGACCCGACGACAGCAUGCACAACCUUAUCAAACUUACCUCGAAGCUCACCCUGCCCGGCAAGCCGCUCUGCAAGAGCCCCCACUCACGGGAGAUCAUUGAGAACGAGCUGAAGAAGACAUCGAUCAAGUAGCAGGCUGCAUCGUUUGGAGGAGCACGGUGAGUGGCAGUCCUGGCGCGUCCCUCUGUGCUGCUGCAGAUGGCAGCAGCGCACGAGCGAGGCCAGCAGGUGGCACCAUGAGCUGCUGCGCAGUGGGGCAAUGGCAGUACAUCCGGCCGCUGGGCCGGCUAGCCGGCCCUCUGCGCGGCCAGCAGUCGCUGUACAUGCCCGGUGCAGGGACGGACGCCGGUGCAAGGAUGGACGCCGGGGGAGUGCAGCCAAGUGCAGGCUGUGGUACCAGUGGUAUGGUGCCAGGGGAUCUGCACUCCAAGCAGUCUGCACUCCAAGCAGUCUGUAUGUGUCUUGUUGGGGGCACUGUGGUCGCUGCUCGCCGGCACGUGUACUGUGCAUCUUCUGUUGCCUAGGUUUCUAGGGGCCAGCCAACGCCUGCAGCGCCGGCACCUCUGCUCUUAUAAAAUUUGGUGAUCCUGCCCUCAGUGUAUGGGCAUGGUGGUCUUACUUGGGGCCCAUAGCAGAGUCUGGGGAGAGAGAGACAGGGGGCAUUGUGGCUGCAGUGCAGUCACUGCCGGCUCCGAACUGGGGGGGCAUCACAGACAGUGCGUGCGGAUGGCCAGGAGGACACCAGGCGUCUACUCUAGGAGCACCCUGCGCAUUGGCUUAGCUGUCGGCGGCAUUACGUUGCCAGACCUGUGACUUUGCUCUGAUCACUUUCCCUUCCAUGCCAGGUCCGUUGUCGGUGCAGGCAGCUUUGUUGCGGUCCGGGUAGGCGUGUAUGCAAGCUUUACUGUCCUGCUGCACUGCGGUGAGUAUUCUUCUGUCCUGCUGCACCUCAGUACUGCAGUGCAGCAGGACAGAAAAAUACUCACCGCAGUACUGCAGUGCAGCAGGACAGUAAAAUACUCACCGCAGUACUGCAGUGCAGCAGGAAAGUAAAGCUUGCAUACGCGUCUACCCGGACCACAACGAAGCUGUGCAGGGCAGGCGUGUAGCAGCAGGGCUGUGGCCUCGUGUAGCGUCGGCGGCAAGGCUCUGCAGCCAGCCUUACGGCGAUCUCUGACUUUGUUCGGCGUCGCGUUUCGUAGUUAAUAGUUAAUUUUGGGGGUGAUGUGUGGUCAAUAUCAUGGUCGUAUUGGGUGAACGUUUUAGGGCACUUUGGGUGUUUUACAGGGAUAGAUGUGCGUGUGAAUGUGUAAUUGUGUUAGGUGGCCCCUUCACAUAUUCGGACACACCAGCCCAGCCAGCGCAUGCAUCUCUAUACACGGGCACACGACACAUGGGCAGGACAUGACAUUGCCUCGUUCUGGUGGAGUGGAGGUGGGUGCAAGUUGCAGG